AUGGUGACAAUCUGUGGAGGUGUGAAAAUAGCAGUAGCAGCAGUAAAAUGGGUGAUAUCAAGCAGAACUAUCUUGAAACAUUUAUUUCCAAUCCAAACUGGAGCUUUAUAUCGCAUUUGUCAUAAAUCUGCAUAUUUUUAUCUUCCAGAUGACUAUAAUUGCAGAGUAGAGCUUGCUUUGACAUCCAAUGGUAGGAUGAUAGUAUGUUACUACCCCUCUGUGGAUAUUCCAUAUGAACACAAAAAACCUAUCCCCCACCCAGGUCCUGUAUAUAAUAAUGAAGAAACACAUGACCAAGUGCUGAAAACCAGAUUAGAAGUAAAAGAUGAACAUCUUGAGCAAGGACCCAUGAUAGAACAACUUAGCAAAAUGUUCUUUACUACUAAACACCGUUGGUAUCCUUACGGACAGUAUCACAGAUGUCAUAGGAACCCAAAUCCCCCAAAAGACAAAUGA